GGGCGGGCGGAAACCUCGGUGCGGCGGGCGAGGAGGCGCCUGGCGGCGGGCGACAUGUUCCAGGCCCCGGAGAGCGACGGCGGCCGGGCGGGCUCCAGGGCCAUGAAGCCCCCGGGAGGAGAGGCCAGCAAUCUUUUUGGAAGUCCAGAAGAAGCUGCUCCGUCAAGCAGGCCCAAUAGAAUGGCAUCUAAUAUUUUUGGACCAACCGAAGAGCCUCAGAACAUCCCUAAAAGGACCAAUCCUCCAGGGGGGAAAGGAAGCGGUAUCUUUGACGAAUCCACACCUGUGCAGACUCGACAGCGUCUGAACCCACCUGGCGGGAAGACCAGUGACAUUUUUGGGUCCCCAGUUGCUGCCACUUCACCUUUGGCACACCCAAACAAACCCAAGGACCACGUGUUCUUGUGUGAGGGAGAAGACCCAAAAUCGGCCCCUAAAGCCGCAACGAGCUCGUCGCCCAGAGAAGAGCCCGGUGAGAAGGGAGGCCCUGGAGAAGCGGGCCGCGCCCAGCAGCCGGUGCCCAUGCCCGCGGGGGACAGCCAUGAGCCCAGGUUGGGCCCGAGGCCACGCUCUCAUAACAAAGUCCUCAACCCGCCUGGAGGCAAAUCCAGUAUCUCCUUCUACUAAGAGGGGCUGCUGCUGCGUAGCCAGGCAAGAACCCGGAGAGAUAGGAUUUCAAAUACUAUAGUUUCUUUUAGCCCAAAGGAGCCGGGUGGGGAGAGGGUCUGCUGUGUAUCUGAAGCCGCUGCUCAGGCCCCACUGCCGUCACAGAGCCAGGGGGACCUUACCUCCAGACUGCGGGAGACCUGUCUUGGUGGGGAUAAAACGGGACUCACUGUAACUGCGCAUGUGACGGGACUCAACGAGGGGUAUGGGGGCAGGUGGUGCAAGGCCACACUGAGGCCUGGUGGCGCGGGGCUGCCCACAGCCUCGCCGCACCGGCGCUCUGCUGGCCAACCGGGGGUCUGGGGAUCAUGAACACAGUAGCAGAGUUUAAGUUUAAAGCCUUGGCAAGAAAAUAAGAAACAACCUGUGUGUUGCUGUGGGAUAGACAAGCAAGGCACAGGCCAAAACACUACUGGUGGGGACUGGAGGUCUCUGGCUGGCCCCGCACCCCAUUCACCACGGGACCGUUUCCAUCCCUGGGACUGCCUCUGCAGGCCCCCGGUGCCUCCUUUCCGGUCAGCCCCAGUGUGGUGCUCUGCACGUUUCCUGAGCCACCUCGGUUGCUUGUCCUUGGCAGCUGUCAACAAAAACCAAAAAGUCAUUCUCAGUCUCAUGCUUUAGGGAAAGAUUUUGUGCCCUGAUCCUCUGAGGUGCUCCAUUUCUGCCAUUUAAAAUCUUGGCCAGAUCUUACGUAGGAAUCUCUGCCUUUCAUUCCCAGGCUGGUUUUGCCGUGAAUUGUUCCUUCUUUUCCUGAGUGGCCUCCUGUCUAGGCCUGUGCCCUUCUCCAGGGAUGCAGACACCUCCCU